CCGCCCCACACCAAUCAGCUGCGCGCCCGGCCGGCCUCCGCUUGCCCACAGCCGCGAGCGGGACGGUCGGGCGCAGGGUGGUGCAGCGCGGCCAUGGCGGCGCCGGCGCGGCCGCUGUCGCGCUUCUGGGAGUGGGGCCGCAGCAUCGUGUGCGUGGGGCGCAACUACGCGGAGCACGCGCGGGAGAUGGGGGAGACGCCGCCGUGCCGCCCGCUGCUCUUCCUCAAGCCCGCCUCCGCCUACGUGCGGCCGGGCAGCCCGGUGCAGCGCCCCUACUACUGCCAGCGGCUGCACCCCGAGCCCGAGCUGGCCGUGGUGCUGGGCCGGCGCACGCGGGCGGUGUCCCGCGACGACGCCAUGCGCUACGUGGCCGGCUACGCGCUGUGCCUGGACAUGACGGCGCGGGACGCGCAGGACACCUGCAAGGCCCGGGGGCUGCCCUGGACGCUGGCCAAGAGCUUCGACACGUCGUGCCCCGUGAGCGACUUCGUGCCCAAGGAGCGCGUGGCCGACCCGCACCGCCUGCGCCUCUGGCUGAAGGUCAACGGGCAGCUGCGGCAGGAGGGGGACACGGCCGACAUGCUCUUCUCCGUGCCCGAGCUCAUCAGCUACAUCAGCGAGAUCAUCACGCUGCACGAGGGCGACGUCAUCCUCACCGGCACCCCGCCCGGCGUGGCGGCCGUGGAGGAGCACGACGAGCUGGAGGCCGGCAUCCACGGGCUGGUCAGCAUGCGCUUCACGGUGGUGCAGCAAAGGCUGGGGGCGUGAGGGGGGCCUUGGCGCUGCCUCCGUCCCUGCGUUUCUCGUGCACCACGCUGAGUCUGCGAGUUGGCUCCUGGUUCCCAGGGAAUAAAGAACCAACUUGGCUCCUUGGGAAGGAAGAACCAACUUUGCAUUAAAGAACCAGCUUUGCAAUGAAGAACCAGCUUGGCUCUUUGGGGAUGAAGAACCAACUUUGCAUUGAAGAACCAGCUUUGCUCCUUGGGUAUGAAGAACCAACUUUGCAUUGAAGAACCAGCUUUGCUCCUUGGGUAUGAAGAACCAACUUUGCUCUUUGGGAAUAAAGAACCAGCUUUGCAAUGAAGAAUCAGCUUUGCUCCUUGGGGAUGAAGAACCAGCUUUGCAAUGAAGAACCAACUUGGCUCCUUGGGGAUGAAGAACCAGCUUUGCAAUGAAGAAUCAGCUUUGCUCUUUGGGGAUGAAGAACCAGCUUUGCAUUGAAGACCCAACUUGGCUUCUUGGGAAGGAAGAGCCAACUUUGCUCUUUGGGGAUGAAGAACCAACUUUGCAUUGAAGACCCAACAUGGCUUCUUGGGAAGGAAGAGCCAACUUUGCUCUUUGGGAAUAAAGAACCACUUUGCAAUGAAGAAUCAGCUUUGCUCCUUGGGAAGGAAGAACCAGCUUUGCAAUGAAAAAUCAACUUGGCUCCUUAGGAAUUAAGAACCACUUUGCAAUGAAAAACCAACUUGGCUUCUUGGGGAUAAAAAACUAGCUUUGCAAUGAAAAACCAACUUGGCUUCUAGGGAUUGAUGCUUUUGGAUCUGUUGAAGGUGGGGGGUUUGUGCUGCAUUGGCUCUAAAUGGGCAUCAAGUUUGGACGGUUAAUAAAGCUAAAAAAGAAAA